AUGCCGCAUAUACGAGGUUUGCCCAAUGAAAUAUUGCUGAUGAUUGCAUCAUUUCUGGAUGGAAAGGCAAUUUUCACUUUAGGAACAUCAUGUCACAACUUAUAUAAUAGACUGCAACACGCCUUUCUCGAGUAUAAAGUGCAAUACCAAAACAGCAAAUUGAUGCAUCUGGCAGCCAAGACCAACAAUAUAUCUCUAGCAAAGGCUAUGCUGAAACGUCACGCCGAUGUUAAUGCGUUCUUCCGUGGAAAAACCCCAAUCAUGAGAGCAUUAAAGCACGGUGCUACCGAUAUAUUUCGCGUGUUAUUGAAAUCGCCAGGGGUAGAUAUUAACCUCCAAAACACAACUUUAGAGAGCGCUUUGUGGGCACUAGAGCGUCUGCUAGCUACGCCGGGGAUUAACGUUGGUCGCUGCGCGGCGGGCCAGUCGCCGUUCGCUCUCGCCUACGCUCACGGACGCGUUGAUGCGAUGAAGGUCCUGCUGCACACGGACCGCGUAGACAUCAAUGCUAGCGGCCUGGGUCAUCUGCCAAUCUGUCAGGCGGUGGAACACGGCCAGGUGGAAGCUGUGCGCCUCUUGGUUUAG